AUGAUAUUUCAUAGUAUUUCGUAUGGCUUACGACAUUUUCUGAUUGAUCAUCAAAGCUUGUGUUUCGACAAUAGUUAUGAAAAAUUGAGGACGGAUUAUGAAAAUUCAAUCACAAGAGAUGGAGUUCAAUUGAGCUGUGUACUUACAGAUUGCGUUCCUCAACGUUCCUCUAAUAAUGUGAUUCAUUCUUGUUCUGUAGGUUCAGACGGCGCUAAGCACAUCUCCCCGAUCGGUAAUGGGGUGGAUGAUCAUGAUGAUGAUGAUGACGAUGAUGGUUAUGACGACUACGACAUCGACUAUGACGACGACGACGAUGAUGAUGACGAAGAAGAUAAGUUGCACUUGGAUGCUAACAAACAAUCACGCCGUUUAAACUCACAACUGCUCCGUGGAUACUAUGAUCGUCGCAAUCGUGACCAUCCGAACUACCGACAUGAGCGUUGUCGCAAACAAAAAUACGGAAAUGGCUAUCGAGUUUCGUGUCGACGAAUUCGUCGUCCAGUUCGUAGACAAUAA